AUGGCCGCUCGAAAUGCAGCUGGAACGCCCCUGCUUGCUGUUCUUCUGCUGCUGGGCGCGAACCUGUUGAUCCCGCUCGCCAUUGGCAUCUUCGGCAAGGGCUUCUUCCCCUACAAACCGCUGCUGCCUGGCCUCGCGCAAUAUGAGGAUCAUGGCUUCGGACCGCCGGCACCGGCACCCUUUGACCGUGUCGUGUUCAUGGUCGUUGAUGCUCUGAGGAGUGAUUUCGUCUAUGUCGCAAACAGCGGCUUCCAAUUUACCCAAUCACUCAUCCGCAGUGGUGCCGCCGUGCCCUUUACGGCACAUGCCACGUCGCCCACGGUCACAAUGCCGCGCAUCAAGGCCAUCACCACGGGCUCCAUCCCGUCGUUUCUCGAUGUCGUCCUCAACGUCGACGAGGGCGACAAGUCGUCGUCAUUGGCCUCGCAAGAUACGUGGCUGGCUCAGAUGAAAGCCAAGCAGACCCAGCAGGCAGAUGGUGCCGACGCAGGCGGCAAGCUUGUCCUCUACGGUGACGACACCUGGCUCAAGCUGUUCCCGGACACCUUUGACCGCGCCGACGGCACAUCCAGCUUCUUCGUCGCCGAUUUUACCGAAGUCGACAACAAUGUCACGCGCCACGUUCCCCGCGAGUUGCGCCAGACCGACUGGGGCCUCAUGGUGCUGCACUACCUUGGCCUCGACCACAUUGGCCACAAGGGCGGGCCGCGCAGCCCCAAUAUGGUGCCCAAGCAGCACGAGAUGGACGCCAUUGUGCGCGAGAUCUACGAAGCCAUGGAAACGCAGCCGCACCUCGCCAAUACGCUGCUUGUCCUGCUGGGCGACCACGGCAUGAACGACGCCGGCAACCAUGGCGCAUCGUCCGCUGGCGAGACGUCACCCGCCCUGCUCUUUGUCGCGCCGAAGCUCAAGACAGCACUGGCUGAUCCUGCGGCGUCUUUCCUGCCAUGCCCUCUCGCCGAACGGGACGAUUUUCAGUUCUACCACACCGUCGAGCAGUCCGACCUGGCCCCGACACUGGGCGCGCUUCUGGGCUUCCCGGCUCCCAAGAACAACCUGGGUGCGUUUAUCCCGACAUUCUUGCCACUGUGGUCGCGGCGCCGGGACCAAGUGCAGAUCCUGAUGCACAAUGCGCACCAGAUCCUGCGUGUCCUAGAGGCUGCGUUCGGCCCAGAGGUAUUCGCAGAGGUGUCCAUAACGGAGUGCAACGGCCCGCAGACGCAUGUCCAAGAAAUUGCAUGCGCGUGGCACGACAUUGUGCGUACAGCGCCCCGUCUCGAGGACGACGACGAAAGCGGUGGCUUGACCGACGCGAGUUAUGACGAAUGGGCCACCAAAACAAUAAAGACAAUGAGUGGCAUGGCCAGCAAUUACAAUAUCCCCAUGCUCUGCCUGGGCCUGGGCGCUGCUGCCUGUUCCAUGGUCCUCGCCAUCGGGGCCACCUACGCAUUUGUCUCGCGAGGGGGAGGCAGUGGCCUGGGCGAGAUGACCCCGUUUGCCCUCAUUAGCAUUACCUAUGGCAUCAUGAUGUUUGCCAGCAGCUACGUUGAGGAGGAGCACCAUUUCUGGUACUGGGCCACCUCCGCAUGGCUGGCGGUGAUUGGCGGGCGGAGUGUAUCGUUGAGCGCCCGGCGGCCGCCGAAGCACGUUGUUGCUGCUGUAGUAACCGUUGUCGCCGCCUUCACGGCCGUUCGUCUUCUCCGUGGUUGGAACCAAACCGGCCAAAAGUUCGCCGGCGAGCCCGACCUCGUCAAGACCAUUUUGCAGCCCAACCCACAGCUGCUCUGGACCUUCGUUGCGGCUACGUACGCGCUGAUCGCAAUUGAACUGGUGCAAGGGCUUGUUGUUUUCCCCGCCGCCGUGACCGCACCGGCUGUGUUUCUCCUCGUUCUCUCGGCCCUGUCGUUCAAGCUUGUCUUUACCUACGAGGACUCGCCCGAGCUGGUGGCCAGCUUUGCUAGCACACUCGUCGAGCUGAUUGAGCGCAUCGAUGGCGGCAGCACCGGGCCGGUUACUCUCAUUACACGCGCCCGCGUCGUCUUUGCUGGGCUGUCUGUUGCGACCGCCGCGGCUGUCUACUCCAUUGUCGUUUCGAAGCGGCAAGGCAACACUAUAAACCGACCUGCCACCAAUGUUCUCCUUCCGCUCUAUGCACUGCUAGCCGUAACACAGUCCCGCACCACCAACAUCCCGCUGUUCCUCUUGUUUGGCGUCAUCUACCGCUUUCUGGCCGCGCAGCAACAACACCUCGCGCCCACAGAGAUCACCACGGCCGCGCUGCUCCUGCAAUUUGCUUCGUUUUUCGCUUUUGGGGGCACUAACGCCAUCUCGAGCGUCGACCUCUCGUCAGCCUACAACGGCAUCUCCGGUUUCUCCGCCGGCGCUGUGGGUGUGCUGAUUUUUGUCAGCAACUGGGCCGGCUCCAUCUACUGGGCCGUUGCGUCGGUUCUCCUUCUCACAACUCGCUCGUCGUCGUCACCACCAUCUUGUCCCUGGCUGCAGCAUGCUAGCCUCCUCACUGUAUUUGCGGCGGCCAGCGCCGUGGCCGUCAUGGCUGCCUGCACGGCACUGCGGACACACCUGUUCGUGUGGACCGUGUUCUCGCCCAAGUAUCUCUACUGUAUUGCAUGGAGCUUGGGUAUGCACUUGGGCAUCAACCUGGGCCUUGGCGGGCUGUUAUACUGGUUGGGUACUUCCUCGUAA